CUGAAGAUGCCAGCCGGUACUUUUGAAAGGACGUCGCCGUCCUCCGUCGCUGCCACUCCGACGAGUGCCGACGCAACGCCCGCAAAACCCAGAGCGUUUUCCGAGAGUAGAAAGUCCUCCAAGCCCAUCAUGGAAAAGAGGAGACGGGCGCGCAUCAACGAGAGCCUCGGGCAGCUGAAGACUCUCAUCCUGGACGCGCUCAAGAAAGACAGCUCAAGACAUUCCAAACUUGAAAAGGCGGACAUCCUUGAGAUGACUGUGAAACACCUCAGGAGCCUGCAGCGACUUCAAAUGACUGCUGCUGUCAACACAGACCCCUCCAUCCUGAGUAAAUACAAGGCCGGGUUCAACGAGUGUGUCGGAGAGGUUACCCGUUUUCUCUCGAGUUGUGAAGGCGUGAACACGGAGGUGAGGACUCGUCUCCUCAGCCACUUGGCUGGCUGCAUGUCCCAGAUGAACAGCGUGAACCUCUCAGCCCAGCGCCAGGUCCCCAUCUACACAUUGCAUCCGUCGGUGCUUGGACCGAUUCCAGGUGCGUUGCCGCAGGUGAACGGGGUGCCUUGUAAAAAUGGCUCAGCGGUGGCUGUUCCUCCAGAAGCGGUUAAGAUGUACAGUGGAUUCAAGGUUAUGCCGACACCGGAUGGACAGUUUGCGCUCCUCAUUCCAAGCACAGCCUUUACGCCCUUAAUGAGCGUACAGAGCAGUCUCCCAGCACUGGCAGCGGCCAUGUCACCUGUUGCGCCUCCUCCAGGCACCUCGGACUCCGUGUGGAGACCAUGGUAG